AUGCGAAAGCUCAAACAGAGACCAAUCAUCCCAACUCACUCGCUGUGCGCCCUUUUUCGCUAUUCGAAUAAAAUGGUAGUAUUCCCAGACCCUAACCAGUCGCAUAGCACCCCAAUUCGCCAUACAGAUCGUCAAACAGAUAGCAACUCUCUCAAACCAUUGGCACAGCGCGUCUAUUCGCUGUGCAAAUGCCCUGGCAGAGAGCACCUCAGCAGGUGGUUCAAAAGAGAAGCACAGAACAUCUCCGAUGCGCAAAAGUGGUGGCUGACUCACUGCGACAUGUCUUCCGUUUUCCUCGCCGGUGAUAGUGCAGGCGCCAACAUAGCUUAUAAUGUGGCCACCCGCAUGGGAUCAUCAUCAUCGUCAUCAUCAAACACGACGACACCAUUAUCUCUCAAGGGUGUCGUACUGAUCCAACCUUUCUUUGGAGGAGAAGAAAGAACUAGCUCUGAGAAGCAUUUCCUUCAGCCACCCAAUUCGGCGCUCACUUUAUCCGUUUCCGACACUUACUGGCGCUUGGCGCUUCCUCUUGGAGCCACCCGUGACCACCCAUAUUGCAACCCUCUUGCACAUGGCACGGUCAAGUUGAGAGAUUUGAGGGUUUCUUCCAUUAUGGUGUGCGUUUCAGAAAUGGAUAUACUGAAAGAUAGGAACUUGGAGUUCUCAAAAGCUUUGGCUAAAGCAGGAAAAAGGGUUGAAACAGUUUUUUUCAAAGGCGUAGGCCAUGCCUUCCAAGUGCUGCAUAAUUACCAGCUUUCACAUUCCCGAACCCAAGAAAUGAUAACCCAUAUCAGAAACUUCGUUGGAAGCCACGUCAUUACGGAGCAGAAAGAGAAAAAGAGGGUAGAAAUAUCAGAGGAGAGAGAAAAAAAACGAAGCCACGUCAUUACGGAGUUAACUCUGUUUAAGCCAAUUUAA